GCAAGAUCUCUAUGCUCCGUGGCAUGUUCGGUGGGGUGCCUUGACGUGCCUGUGUGAUAAAAUUAUCCAAUAAAACUGAACGAUUUAUUUAUAUUUUUAAUUAAAUAAAACCUCAUCUCUAGCCACAUAACAUAUAUUGAAAUGGCAGCCCAGUGGAUUAGAAAAGUCGUGUCACCUGGAGUCACUGGGGCUCGGUUAUAUAGUGGAGGCCCUCACAAAUGUACCAUCAUACCUGGCGAUGGUAUUGGACCGGAGAUUUCGGCUGCUGUACAGAAAAUAUUCGAUGCUGCCAAGGUACCAAUCGAAUGGGAAUCAGUAGAUGUGACGCCUGUGAAAGGGCCAGAUGGAAAAUUUGGGAUUCCUCAGGCUGCCAUAGACUCAGUCAAUAGAAAUAAAAUCGGCCUUAAGGGUCCCCUCAUGACGCCCAUCGGAAAGGGCCAUAGAUCGCUUAAUCUUGCAUUGAGAAAGGAAUUUAAUUUAUACGCCAACGUUAGACCCUGCCGCUCCCUUGAGGGCUACAAAACUCUUUACGAUAACGUAGACGUCGUAACAAUUCGUGAGAAUACCGAGGGCGAAUACUCUGGUAUUGAGCAUGAAAUUGUCGAUGGAGUCGUUCAGUCCAUUAAGCUCAUCACGGAGGAGGCUUCGACAAGAGUUGCCGAAUUUGCGUUUCAGUAUGCCAGUGAAAAUAAUAGGAAAAAGGUGACAGCGGUGCACAAAGCCAACAUAAUGAGAAUGUCGGAUGGUCUGUUCCUGCGAUGUUGUCGUGAGGCUGCCCAGAAAUUUCCAAAUGUCAAAUUUGAAGAACGAUACCUGGACACAGUAUGCCUAAAUAUGGUCCAGGACCCGAGUAAAUAUGACGUUCUCGUAAUGCCUAACCUCUACGGCGAUAUCCUCUCCGACAUGUGUGCAGGUCUCGUCGGGGGGUUAGGAUUGACCCCGAGUGGAAAUAUUGGGCUUAAUGGUGCUCUCUUCGAGUCUGUGCACGGAACAGCCCCAGACAUCGCUGGCCAUGACAAAGCGAACCCAACCGCCCUUCUCCUCUCCGCAGUAAUGAUGCUCAAGCACAUGGGCCUCGUUGACCAUGCCAAGAUCAUCGAGCAAGCAGCUUAUGACACCAUCAAAGACGCCAAAUACUUAACCGGCGAUUUAGGUGGCACUGCCAAAUGCAGCGAGUUCACGAACGAAAUCUGCAAGAAAAUAGCUGCUGCGACGAACUAAUUCGUUUGUAAUUGUUCAGUUGAAGGAGAACUGUUGAAAAAUUACCAGGAAUCUGUAGGGGAGUCGUGAAAUGAGGAAAAUCAGUCUCAAUGAAAAAAUAUCACUAGCGAAAUGAUAAAGUUUGAGCUGAAGUCAAUCUGAUUUGUCUCGUUUCACAACUUAGCUACUAAAAUGUCAUGAAAAAUUUCUUUGUCCAUGGACAAUCGAUUGAUUUUUCAUUUCCAAGUCACCAAAUACUCGUCGGUUAUCUAAUCACCUUAGAAACAAUUCGGUUAAUUCCGGAUUUUCACCGUUUUCAUUAAUUUUUAGUUUCAAAAAUGGUUUUAAACGCUUAUAGACGAAUUGUUCGUGUGAAUUAAAACGAUUGAAUCGUUAUCGGCCGCAGAUACCUUUCAUACGUCGAUCAUACUGUCGUAGUGAAUUUUAUGUAAUGUAAUCUACCGUGGAAAGUCAAACUUCGAGACUCUAGUAUUUAAAAUGAAACCAGAAAGUGGAAAAAUAAAAUUUUUCCAUUAUCAAGUGCAUUGUAUAGGACUGUAUAAAGACCAAUCGAUGAAUUGUUACGAGAGGACUGCUCUCCUCAGUGAGAAAAAUCAUUAGAUGACGAACAUGUUCGUGCAGUAUUAAUGAUGAAUAAAAUUGAAAUAAAAACAAAUAAA